GACGCUGCCUGCAGUCAUGGCUCUCUGGCUGAGCCCUUCCACCGAACCUAUCCAAACUUUUUAACAGAUGCGGGUUGACCCUCGAAAUCCGGUUGAUUUAUUCCGUUAAAUCGCCUGAGAGAGUUGGCGAGCCACGUACAGUCGCACUUUUUCACGGAAAGUUUUCUGCCUCUGCUAGUUGUGUGCCUACAGAGUGUUUGUUCACGCACGAGACGAAAUUUUGUCUUCAGUCUGCUCAUCGUGUACUUUUACAUCCACCAUUGGUUUGUUUACCGAUUUCCGCUAAGUUACUAUGCGUAAUCUGUCGGACAUUGGACUGUCGGAGGAGUUAGUCGGGUCGAUCGAAGCCGAUCAACUGUUGUGACACCGGGCCAAGACGCCGCUCAAGAAGUAUGAUAAAGGCAGCUUCGUCAGACCUGCAGGGUUCCUCUCAUAGCAAUGACCCACAAAGUGACCCUUUCACAGAGGACCAACUGAUGAAUCCAAGUCUGAGGUCUGGUUGUAGAGUCCAUGUGCAACCGGUCUUAUCCGAGCCUUGCUAUGAAGAGAACCAGCUAAAUCAACUGAAUUCUCAUGCCCAGUCUGUUUCUGUAAUUGCCGAUGGCCAGGCCAAGCUAUACCCAUCAAGGACUGUUCGUCUGUUUCCCACACAGGCAAAAUCUGAGGAUGGUGCCUCACACAGAGGUCCACCUGUCACACCACAGGCUUGGUCUGGAUUGGCUGGCUUUCGUGUCAUGGGUUCUUUUAAAAAACUGCGGACUUCUGUGCUCCAAGGAAUCCAGAACAGGAGCAAUGCCAUGGGAGCCAGUCAAGAGAGAAACUUGUCCUCUGUGAUUGAAGAUAGUGGUAGUUUUUUGGUAACCAAACGAGAGAUUUCCAUCAGUCAAACCCACGAAACUGACAAGGUGUUAAAUGGGACAUCUCGAACCAGAAAGACAUCUUCGGUUUCCGAUGAGGAUGAUUGUGAGGAGGUGUGUGGGUUUCAGAGGAAUUCACACUUUUCUCAGAGUAUCCGCAAGGCUUAUGGGGCAGGACGGAUCUCAAUGCUUGACAUGGUCAAGAAACAGAGCCUGUCUACUACUGAGCCAGACCCCAUCAACACUGUGGAAUCCACUGAACCUUGCAAUAACCAAGACACUCAAGGAAAUGUCAAGGUUCUCAAAAGACUAAGCAAAAGUGCAGAUAAUCUCCACGUUUUUAAGAGUCAUUUUAGACGCAAAGUUGCCUCAGCUGAGCCACAAAACCCAGAAUUUUCCAGCACUGUAAUGCUUCAGAGGACCUCCAGUUCCUCAUCAGUUGACUUGCAGGAACAUGUUUUAGGUAGUCAUCAAAGCCCCAUGAGAACACAAGGACAUUUGCAAAAGCUUGUCGGUAGUUUAACUGACCUGACAGUCAAGCGCAAAAACAUAGCAAGCCCUUCCCCCAGAGUGCCAGUGUCACCCCUUAGUCAGCUACAUGAUGACUACUCCCGCAGAACUCCUUGUGUCCCCACUAGCGGGCGCCAACGGAGGCCUUCUCCUGUUCCCACCAAAACCCAGCAGGACAGUACUUGCCAAACUAUUCCAAUUUUACACCCUGCUCCCUCCUGUCCCACAGUCUUUAUCUCUGACCUGGAUGACUCUCUGGAGCCUCCUAGCAAAACCACAGCCCUCAUAAGUGACUAUGUACAGAUGGCUGUGUCCUCAUCUGAGGAAAAAUACUGUGAACCUAUGAAGGGCCAUCAAAAUGGAUUAAAUGAUCACUACUCUCAAAUUCCCCAGCAGUGCUCAAGCCCUUGUCUGAAGCCAGCAGUCAAUGGCAAUGAUGUUAACUUGCAGUGUUUAUGGACUGAAGAGAGGGAAACUGAUGAUAUUGAGGCUUCAUCAGAUAACCGCAUCACAAGAGCAUUUCUCAAAAGUGAUGAGACCUCAACUCCUGCUGCUUCACCCAUCACAAACAGCUGCUGCUCAGAAUCUCCAUUGGUAACUCCAACAACGCCAAACUCUCCAGCCUUUGUCAGUGUAUCUCCCACCUCUGUAGUGCCCAGGAAGAGAGCAGGUCGCUCUAAACCCCGUCCAGUGUCCGACUAUGGCCAGCUGGCCAGCUCAAAGUUCUGCAUCCCAGAGGAGGACAGGGAGUUGGAGAAUAUGGACUAUACUUCCCAAAAGGACUACAUUAGCAAUGGCAGCUACAUGGAGAGCAGCAGGCCUCACGUGUGCACUCAGAUAGAGAGCAGAAAAAGGCGUCCAAUCUCCGUUAUUGGAGGAGUGGAUCUGUUUUCAUCUCCACCUGCCGAGCAGACGGAUGACAUCGAGAGUUUGCCCUCUCCGGUUUGUCGUCCUCCAGUGCCCUCUCACAGAGUGCCUCCAUACCGGGCGGUUUCUGCCCGUCUAAGACCCUGCAUCUUCUCCCAAAGCACACCGAUUGGCCUGGAUCGGAUGGGGCGACGCAAAGGGCGCAGAGUGCUCAGUGACGGCAGCUCUGAUCCCAUGCUUGAGGACAGCGUGAGUGAGGAGGACGGCAGCUUUGAAGAACUGACUGAAGGAACCCCAUAUCUCCAACCAGAAGUCGAUCUUUUCACUCUCAAUCAGCAUAUAGAGUCAGGUCGGGCCGUGUAUGCAGAGGCUCUGUGGGACCAUGUCACAAUGGAGGAGCAGGAGCUGGCCUUUAAAGCUGGGGAGGUGAUCCAGGUUCUGGAUGUUCAGGAACAGGACUGGUGGUGGGGGAUGGUGGGCGAUCGUGAGGCUUGGUUUCCCUCUAGCUUUGUGCGGGUUCGGGUGAAUCAAGAGGAUUCGAGCAGUGAGAGUGUAGAAAGCACGCCAGAUACAGAGGAGCCCGUCCCAUCAGACUCGCACAAACAAAACCCUGAGCACCGAAAGCAGAUGAGAGCCAAUGUGGUCAAAGAGAUCAUGGACACAGAGCGGGUUUACAUCAAACAUCUCAAAGAUAUCUGUGAGGGAUAUAUUCGUCAAUGUAGAAAGCACCCUGGCAUGUUCACAGACGCACAGCUAAAGACAAUCUUCAGCAACAUCGAGGACAUCUACAGGUUCCAGAGAAAGUUUCUAAAGGACUUGGAAAGGAAAUACAACCCUGAAAAACCUCAUCUAAGUGAGAUUGGCUCCUGCUUCCUUCAACAGGAGGAUGGUUUCUCCAUAUACUCUGAGUACUGUAACACACAUCCAGUGGCGUGUGCUGAACUGCAGCGACUGAUGAAACAGAGCAGAUAUAAACACUUCUUUGAAGCCUGUCGUCUCCUGCAGCAGAUGAUUGACAUUUCCAUCACUGGAUUUUUGCUCACACCAGUACAGAAGAUUUGUAAAUACCCUCUUCAGCUGGGAGAGCUUUUGAAAUACACACCCAAAGACCACAGCGACUUUGCAGGGGUGUGUGCUGCACAUAAAGCUAUGAAGAAUGUGGCAAGUCUAAUAAACGAGAGGAAAAGGCGUCUUGAGAGCAUUGACACCAUUGCUCACUGGCAGGUGGCCAUCCUGCACUGGGCGGGUGAGGAUGUGUUAGCGAGAAGCUCAGAGCUCAUUCACUCUGGCGAGUUAACUCGGAUAGUACGACCUGGUAAAACCCAGCAGCGCAGCUACUUUCUGUUUGACCACCAGCUGGUGUUCUGUAAGAAAGACGUCCUGCGCAGAGACCUGCUGCACUACCGUGGCCGUAUGGACACAGAUCUGCUAGAGCCGAUCGACCUGCCUGAUGGACGGCACACUGAGCUGGGCCCGCUGAAGAACGCCUUUCUGCUGCGCCAUGCGGAGAACCUAAACGUGCUGUGUGUGCUGUGCUGCAAGAAGAGCCAGGACAAGCAGCGAUGGCUACAGGCGUUCGCCCGAGAGCGCAAACGGGUACAGGAAGACCAAGAGAUGGGGAUGGAGAUUACUGACGCCCAGAGGAAGCAAGCAGUUCACAAUGCCAGGAAAUCAAAACACGGCAAAAUGAAAAAUAUGAAUUAUUCUGGACAUCCUGCGCCUCCCCACCAUCAGCCUCUUCAUCCUCUUCAUCAGAGACACGUGACUGUGCCAACCAGCGUCCCUCAGCAGCAGGUCUUUACUUUAGCAGAGCCCAAGAAAAAGCCUUCCCACCUGCUGUACUCUCUCGCCCGCAGUGCCCUCUUCAGGAAAUGACAAGAAGAUCCGUAAAUAAUGCAAUGUCACUGGACUACACAUCUGUAUUAUGUCAUACUCAAAUGCAUACACAAGAUAUGUAUAUAUUUAUAUACAUACACGUAGAUGUGUGUGUGAAUGACAUGUGCCUCAGUAUAAAGGCUCAUUUUUUAGCCUUAAGUUAGUGUGGUAAGUGUUAGUUAUCUUUGUGUUGUGUCAUUGUAUUUGUAUGUUCAAGAAGCUGCUUCUUAUUCGUCUUCUCGCCCAAAUGUGUGUGUCUUUUAUGACAAAGAGUUGUAUUCAGCUUUUUAGCAACGUGAUGUCUAUAAUUUUAUUGCUUUACCUGAGGCUGGAGCCUCAAUAAAACACUAACAUCUAUUAUGUCAUUGUAAAUAAACUUGAACCAAAUGUACACUUUCUGUGCCUGCAAGUGUUCAAAUACAUAACAUAUGAAGUUUUUAA